GUCUGCUACUAGUUCUAGUGCUAGACUGCAACUAGAUGGCUACGAACGACUAGUUGGCAAAUUGCUAGCCUCCGAGGUGAGGAAACUGUCGCAACGCCUGCAGGACAUGACAAAAGGAUUUAGCGACCAGGGAUUGGCCAUCAUCAAUGCCAACACUGAUUUGAAAUUGCAGCAGUUUGGUGCAGCAAGACGAGUUUUUCAGCAGCGAGGAGAUGUGGUCGAUGAAGAGAAAGCCAAAGAAGGAGAAGAUAAAACUCAACAGACUCACAGCAACGUGGUGAACAAUGAGGACGGAGCCUCUAGCGUGAAAAAUGACAGUCCAAGUUCAACAACUCCUGGAGGGAAGUUUCUUGGACAUCAUUUGUACCACGGAUUCACC